UCUGAUUUGUGGACUGCUAAUACGAAAAAAUGUGAAUCACUCCCGUCGUCAGCCCAUGGCGGGAAUCCAUUGACUCAUAGCGCAACGGCAGGCAGAGUCUGUCGGUCUCUCAUGAAAUGACUGCGUCAACAGUCAAGGAAUCAAUGAUAGAUCUGUCCAGUGAUGAAUCACUGCAUCACUGCAGGCGCCUGCUUCGUAUGUGCUGAGUGAGAGACGCCAGUGAUCCUGGCCUGGAUGGCCACGACGACGGCAGGUCACAUGGGUGUCUCACAUCAGAAUGCAGUUCAAAACAGUCCAUGUGGCGCUGGAUGCUUUCAUGCUUUCUCGACCUGCCGCCCUCUUUUUUCUGGUGCCUCGUCCACGAUUCUGCCCUUGACCCGCUCCAUUUAAUUUGUGUGCUCGUGCAAGCGUCACACAAGUACACUAUCCGUCCUUCCACUUUCCCCACAUAAAGCCAAGACGAGGAACACACAAACAUCUCUGACAUCUCUCAGCUGACACAUUCCCCGCGCCCAUAAAGGACCGACAAGCGGAUACAGGGGGAGGCACACAUGGCACACAUCCACAUCGGCACAAGAAGAGCCAAAAACCACGCGAGGACAAAAUUAGCACUUGGUUUUCUCGCAGGGCAUUGCAUGCGCCCAAGAAUUCCUCGCUGUCCCUUCCCCGUCAAUGUGCAUCCGGUACGCAGACACUAAUCAAACACCACCGUACGUGACGAACAAAAGGGAGCUCACGCACGAAGCCACCAGGCAGACAUCGUCCGCCAAAACCAAUGUCACACUGCAAACAGGACUCAAAGACCCAUCAGCUUUUCUCUCCCUCUUUCUCUUCCACCGGCGAGCUCAGCAGCUUCCCAAAACGGUGCCGGUUGUCUAGGAAGAUGGAUUGCCUGGCGUCACACCAGCCAUCGCCAACCCCCCUGAGCCGAAGUGCGUCCUUCUCCUUGUAGUCAUGCCGCAGCAGGAUGCAUGAAGACCAGCACUUGGCAGGCCACAAACCCGGACGCUCGCAGCUGACCAACUUGUCGCGGUCCUCCUCGUGGUAAGAGCCCCUGAACGCUCCAUUCUUGAACGCGGCCUUGUCGACGCCGAAAUUGGCCUGGCCACUGUCGCUCACGGCCAAAGGCACUGCUGCCGGCAGCUCGUCUUGCACCAGCUGCGCAACGAGGUCGUGCUGCUGCACGAUGAGAUUGUUCUCGAGAAUCAAGAGAUGUGACGCGUUGACCUGGCGCAUGAGACGCGACGCCUCCUUGUGGGCUGCAUUGCCGCUUGUCGCCUCUACGUGCUCAUGGGCUGCUGCAAAUCUCUGCUUGAAGCUCUCAUCAAGCUGCAGAUCGCAGGACGGGCCGCUCGAUACGAAAAUGUCCGUCUUGCUGUAGUCCACCUCCAUUGCCAUGAGCCCCUCAACGAACUCACUGUUGUUGCCGGUCGGGUGCGCACAGAUCACCGCCAGGACCAUCCUUGGCUGUUCAUAUGGUGACGCGCUCCUCUCGUACCAUACUGACCCUUCUUCAAAGCUCCACGCCCCAGCCUGAUAUGGCGGACCCAAAACACAACGAAAUAGACACACAGACAGACAGGCAGACAGACAGACAGAAAUGGUGUCGUCAUGUUGACGGAUGUCGCUGACCUCAAGUAGCCUCAUUUGGUGGUACAAGGGCCUGCCACCGCCGUUUCCGUGGAGCACUGCCGCGGCGUCCUUGCCAUCAGUACGGGCAAAGGUCAGCCCAUUCACCAUUCCCUCUCCAUCUCGCGAGCGGUAAGUGGCGGGCGCGAGCAUCCACUCCUCGGGGUUGACUCUUGUGAGAGUCUGGAAGAGCAGACGCUCAUAAUCCAGCUUAACUGUCACCCCAUGACCAACGUCCUGCUCCAGGAAUCGGUUGGUAAAGAACAACUGAUCGUCCUCCCGAGGUGGAUACUUAUCCAGGCACAAAGCGAGAGCACCAGCACGACCAGCAUAGCCGCCGGAGUUGAGAUAUCGGUACGCAUUCUCUACAUGAGAUGGCGGCAUGGGAUACUUGUGCUUGAGGUGCCACUUGGGCCAUAUUCCGAGCUCGCUGUGGCAGCAAAUAGAGACAUACAGAGAGACAGACAGACAGACAGACAGACAGACAAGGAGUACAAAGCGCUCUGGCUGGCCCGUUUUCGUGCAAUCUUUUGGUUAACUGAAGUGGCCCACACACCUGGAAACGACAAUGGUCGUGUUGUCAUUGUCGGGUAUAAGCAGACGCAUGCGCCGCUCCAGCUCUUCGUUGGGGAUCCGCACCAGCGUAUCAUACCUGCAAGAGAUAUCAAGUAAUCAGCCUCUUUCUUGACGAGCUUUUCCACACCCACCCAUCAGUGAAGAUAACCAGCAAGUCUGGGUCCUGUCUCCAAAGCCAUCGCCUCAUGAUCUCGAGUUUGGCUUCUUUCCCGCCCUUUGUCUGAUCCUGUCCGAGGGUCAGAAAGUGUACGCCGUAAUAACUUGCUGAGAAACCACACACACAGAGGGUCAGAUUGACGGACUGGCAGGGAGCAGGCGGGCAAAUGCAGAUAAGAGGCGUUCCGACCUGAUCGUGACAAUGCCCGAUAGCCUGGGUGCUCUGGGUUCUGUCCUAUAGUGACGAGAACAAAGGCUGGAAGAGAGCCGUUGACAUGUGACACCACCAGCUACACCAAACAUAAGCAGUCCAAAUAAAUGUGCAUCGCAUUCUGCGCAGCUCACUUGAUCUACAGGCACUUCCCGCUGCUUUGGCGCUGGUCCGGCCCCUGACGUGCACACGAUUCCCCUGAGGCUCGAGCUCAGCCAUCCCCGCGAACUCACAUACACGCCGACAAAGGAGGAAAUGAGGAAGACGCCCAGGAACGCCGCGGCGAAAAGCAAGGCAAAACGAGAAGCAGUCGCCUGGGCCUGCAUAUCCGGGCACGAGUCAAAUGUGUGAAAGAACUUACAGAGGCGGCACAGGGGAGCCAAUCGAUGGCAGUGAGAGAGUGGCAAUGAUG